UCGAAGAACGUUCUUGUGAAGGCUUCGGGUGUCUUUCUCUUAUUAUUUCCAUUUAGUUGGAACUAUGCUGGUACCCUGUUAAGUUCUGUGUAUAAGACAUAUGGGGGCCCUCUUUCUAUACCUAGAUUCAACUAAGAGUGCUUCGUUGAAACGGAACGAAAACGCAACGACGAUCAAUGUGCUUGUGCCAGGCCCUCACACUCUUAUUGCUCGAACCGGUAUUUAAGUAAACUAUUGAGGACCAGGCGGUGUGCUCACUGGGAUCACGCUGAUUCAUGGGUGAAAUUUGAAAUCUAAGUCAUUUGCAUGCAGACGCCGUGGGGUAAACAUCUCUUCGGGGCUAGCUGAUUGAAUGCGUAAUGGGAAUCAACUGUCUCUGGCCUUUUCUGGAACAAUUCAGGAGAAAAGUCAAUUUGCGUGAAUUUUCUGCCCAAACUGCGGCUAUCGAUGCUUCUUGUUGGAUACAUAGGGCUUUGCAUUGGUCCAUGAGUGAAGGUGGAAAUCGAGAGAGGGGAGAAAUUUUAGUGAUGAUCCUUUUACUUCGUUUAGAAAGGUGUUUUUCCGAUUAUAAAAGUCCAGUAUGUUUUGUUUUCAAUUGAAGAUUUGAUAGUAUAUUUCAAAGCUUUCUACGGACGGUGACGAACGCCGGCGUAAGGCCGUUUGUUGUCUUUGAUCGCCAUAUUUACCUAAAAGUUAACCAUGUUCAAAUGGUUAUAUCUGAAGAUGGACUGGGGAGCGUUGAUAUACAGGGUUAGAACGAAGAUCAAAGAAGCCUUUUACACCUUUUUUGUCACUCAAACUAACAGAGUUAAGAAAUUCUAAGCUUUUAAGAAACGGUGUCAAUUUCACAGUAAAUUAGCGUAGAUAAAAUGGGCUAUUAGAAACAAAAGAGCGUAUUUCGUUUGAACCCAAAAACCAUGUCUUUUAACUGUUGGGAAGUUGGAAGAGACAUUUCAGCAAAAAAACGAAAGAGAUACAUUCUGUUCUAGGUCGAAAAUGCUCUCCGAAACUCACUAACUUACCAAGUUUUCGCCGCCAUCUUGAAAAUGUUACAUUCACAAUGCAUCGCAAUCCCGUGCGCACACCGCCUGAUUGAGGACUAAGCGCAUGUGAUUCUGCCGACGCUUUCGAUCUCGUCACGGAUUUCGUCUGCGAUAUCCGUAUUGAAAGAAGCCGCUGAAACAAUAUAGCGCCAGGUAAAUAUGGCGAUCGUCGCUUCGUUUUACUACAAUUAUCCACGGGAGCUUUAAGUUUUGUUUUCCUUCUACCUUGGAAUUUCAAAUGCCGAGGGGACAAAAGGUAAGUCGCCUCCUGGCGACCACUUCUAAAACUGUGGUCGCCAACACCUAAUUUUUGGUCGCAUUGGCGACCAGUCGGUCGCAAUUUCGGACCCUGCUUGUAUUAUAAUUAUGAGUUUCUUUUACUGAAGUGAAAAAAACAUUAAAAUUAGUGGGAAGAAGUUGGUUUUUAAAUUUAUACAUAAAAAUCGGAAUGUGGACAGUUAGUUCAUCAAAUAAUUUGAUAACAUUUAAAUCUUUGAAAAGUGGUCUUGUAUGCUCUAAGGAGCUAAUGAUUUUGUCAGCCUUUGGUAUCGGUCAAUGAUUUGCUUCCAAGACACCGAUAAUCGCAACGUUUUGCGUCAAUAGGGUCUAGCACUAUUUAAUGUUUUUUUGUUUUUUGCUUUUUUGUGUGAUUAUUUCACUAUCUGACAGCCUAGAGAAUUGGCAUUAGGGCUGGUUUCAACUGGCGACAUUGGGGUUGUGGUCGGAAUCGUAAGAGCGGUUGCGAUCGGUGAAUAAUCGAAAUUCGGAGCCGUAAGUAGAGUCAUUAGCUAGAUAGAAUCGCAGUGAGAAGAAUCAGAACAGUUUUGUUUUCUUCCGAUUUCGCCUAUGACUGCGACGCUGACGAUCCGCUAAAAACUAAAUUGUCGGAGUCAGAAGAAGCAGCGGAAGAACCAGCAUAUCAUAAUGCUAGUUCCCCGGCUAUCCGAAGGCUUACGGCGUCAACAAUCCAUGUUUCCACUGCGGGGGAUCACGGUUUCUAAUUUCUGUCCGUCGUUCAUGAGGUGGCUUAUACCGAUGUUCUAGCACGUGUAUCAUCCACCUGAAUUUAUGUAUGGGUUGUAUGUUGAAAACACGUUAUUCAACUGAUGUAGGGGGUAUGAUGCACGUCAGGGCUUCCCCUCCCCCUCUACCAACGCCCUCGCACUCAUCUCUCCCUAGCAUGCUCCACUUCAUCCAGUAAUUAUAAUUUGUUUGCGGGUAAAACAGUACUUCUACUCGUCAGUCUUCUUUUGGUAGGACAUGACAAUAUCAACAAUCUUUAUUUUUUGCUAGUUAGAAAUAAUAUGGAAAAAAUCUAAUGAGAAAUUGAAUGACUUUCAGUCUGAAGAACUUUGUUAAAAUCACAAACUUUCCAACAAUCAGUAAGAAGACACAAUUAUCAUAGUUAUAGCGAGGGACAACAUAUGAUUGAGAGUGUUAAAUUUCUCUGUUGAGAUAACCUUGCUCUUAUAAAUGGAAAUAUUUCUUGGGGGAACGAGUUAAGGAAUGAGUUAUUUGAAUAAGUAGUAAAUUAGUAAGAAAAAAUUGUAAUUAUUAGGUUAGCACGAUAGCGUGUGAUUCGAUUUUUCAGAUUACCCAGAGCAACUUGUAGAGCUGAUCAGACGAGAGUACGAGGGUGCUGUAUUGUUUCCAUUCCCUUGGUGUGAGGAUGAAUUGGAAUUCGAACUGGCCAAGAUCUUUACAAGACUCAAGAUCGUUGCCCGUGAGAAAGAACGAAAGAGGUUAACAGAUGACCUCGUCAAAAUGACUGAGGUCUUUAGAGCACUCAAAAAAUGUGACUGCAAAUGUGAAUGCGAAUGUAAAGGUAAGAAACCAAGAGUGGUGUUGAUCGAGGGGCCACCUGGGAUGGGCAAAACCACCUACUGUCAGAAGCUUGCAUAUGAUUGGUCUGUGGGGGAAAUUACAACUGAACCUUCUUUUCCUGAAGUGGACAUGUUCCUUAGGCUGACGUGUCGGGAUAUGAAGACUGCGAACAUUGAGGACGCUAUUGAUGAUCAGCUAUUACCAAUUGAUGUAGACAAGAAAGACAAGGAAAAGUUCUUCCAUUUCAUUCGCCACAAUCAAACUAGAAUCUUGUUGGUGCUUGAUGGAUUGGAUGAAUUACCGAAGAAGCUGUUCGAAGAAUUUAUGCCUUUGAUUUCAGGGAGAGUAUUUCCUUUGACCUACGUCAUGUUAACAGCUCGACACGAAGCUGGAAUGAAAGUUCGGCGACACUGUGACGCGCUGUUUGAGAUUGUGGGCUACACCAAAGAAGACGCAGACGAUUAUAUUACUAAGUACUUUAGCGGCCACGAGAAACCGAUUCUUGGUAAGAAACUAAUCAUGGAAAUAGACAGGGACUCACAGCUUAGAGAAUUGACUGCCAGUGCGCUUAACACAGCUCUUCUAUGUCUUGUUUUUGAAGAUACAGGCGGAGUAUUACCUUACAACAGAACCAUGUUGUAUUUUGAACUUGUCAGCUGUGUUCUUAGAAGAUAUUGUUCAAAAAAAGAAAUCUCUUUGGACGACAAAGAUCCCGUAAAGAAGUACACAGAGCAGCUAAAUCAGCUAGGAGAGCUGGCUCUCGAAGCUCUGCUCAAAGAUCAAUUAUCUUUCACUUUUGAAGAGCUGAAAAGUCAUUCAACCAAAUUCCUUGAGCUUGGAUUUCUUUCUCGACAGCCUAGUGCAAGCAAAAUCAAACCGAAGCCAUCUUACGCAUUUAUCCACAAGACAUUUCAGGAAUAUUUCGCCUCGUUCCACCUGGCGCAUGAAUUGCUAACUACUGACAGGGACAAAGCCGCCCUGCUGGCACAGCUUACUCCAGUUCGUAAGUACUGGCAGAUGUGGAAGUUUCUCAUCACAAUGGCAGCGAGUGAAAGUGAUGAUACAGCUGCUUUCCUGGUUUCCAGUAUAUGCGCUGCCUUUCAGCCUCAAAGACUAGCAAAAGACAGCGAGGACAACCCACCCAGGAGGAUUGUCCCUCACUAUGAAUACGACGAUGUCUGCGGAGAUGCUAAGUAUUAUUGGGAGCCACUUCAUCAGCUGAUGUCUCUUCCAGUCGAAGUGGAGUCUUCUUUCGUCGUGAAAACAGUUGAAGCUAUUGCUCAAUGUGAACAUCCUACUACUGGAGUCAAACCCUACAAAAUCAAGAUGGCCGGUGCACUCGCACGCUGUUGUCCAAUGGAUGAAAUAACAGUGCGUGAUUAUGACUUUACCUUGAACUCUCAAUUUUUUUUCGUUAUGUUCGAAUUUCUUAAUGGCAACUGCAAACUGAACAAAUUAACUUGGGAACUCAAUGUAUCAACUGCAGCAGCACUUGCAAAUGUCCUUAAAACAUGUCAUACUCUGAAGCACUUACGUCUGAAGUACGGCUCGAACAUCACAUCAAUUACUCCCGCUCUUCAGGCCAAUCACACGGUAACGCAUUUAGAUAUGCGUGAAGCUGGAGUUGGUGAUGUGGAAGCCGAAGCACUCGGAAGAGUUCUCCAGUCAAAUCACACAUUGACUGUUUUGUGCUUAGCUGAUAAUAAUAUCUCACAUAUCGGAGUUGAAGCCUUAGCAGAAGCUUUAAAGUUCAAUAGAGUAUUGGAGGACUUGAAUAUCGCACGGAAUGACAUUGAUAAUAAAGGAGCCGUAGCACUUUCUCAAGCUUUGGAGUCUAACCGAACAUUAAGGUGCUUAAAUUUGUGUGGUGAAAUUUCAAUUGGUUAUGAAGGGUUAAAAGCUAUGGCAAACGCUCUCCGAUGUAACAGUUCACUGGCUUGCCUCGAUAUUCGUGGACAUACUUUUAGUGACUUAUCAUUAGCUGAGCUUGGAAAGGGUAUUCAGUCAAACUGUUCUCUGACUCAUCUUUACGUGGGGUAUGCGCAAACUUUUCAACCUAUGUUGCGUUCAAUGUCUGUUUUUGAUGAUUCAUCAGCAGAAGCGUUUUCAAAGGCUCUUCAGUCAGGUGACACUCAGCUGGCCCGUUUAGAUUUAAACCAUUCCUCAAUCAGCUCACCUUGUGUUAUAAUCCUAGCACAGGGUCUCAGGGUCAAUGGUACUCUUGAACGUCUAGAUUUAACUAAAAACCGCAUUGACUUUUCAGGUGCAGUAGCUCUUGCGCAGGCGCUGAAAACAAAUCAGACCCUGACGCAUUUGCAGCUGAGAUGGAACUUUAUCAGCGAUGACGGGGCUAAAGAAUUUGUAGAGGUUCUUCAGCACAACAAGACUUUGAUGUUUUUAGGCUUGGAUCAAAAUCCGAUGACCAAGUCAGGAAGAGAUCUCUUCAAGGUUUUGGGCGGCCGAUUGGAACCGGACGAAAGUAAUGCCCUUGUUUUACCCCCCGGCGUACGGUGGAUUAGGAAUUCAUGAACAUGACCUGCCCGUAGAAUUUGUCUCGCUGUUGUGACUAGGUCCAAACAGGACUAAAUGAAAAUAUACGAAUUUCGGAACUUCAUGCGAGCUGUCUUCAUUUUUUUUUUUCAGACUGCUUGUUCCAGCAGUCUGGGUUUUUGUAUCAUUGCAGAGCGAGAGCGUUCAGAAAUAAAAGUGUGUAUUUGAAGAGAGUCGUUCAGUUGUAGGGAAAUUUUUAGUUGUGAGAUGUAAGUUAUCCGAGAUUUCUUUGGUUUUGGUCUACUACAUUGUGUGAUUAUUUCAGAAAUCUCGCGCCACUUUUUAAACCAAUCAGAUUCAAAACUAAAUAACCAACCGCGACUUAGUCACUCGCAUUAUCCCGCGCUUCUGGCAGUUUGCUUGUUUGUACUUUGAGUUCUCAUUGGAUAGAAGAGAAGUAUAAAAAGUUUUGACUCAUUAACCGGCUGUAGACUGUUUUAAAAGUAAGAAUUCAAGACUUUUUCAUUUAUUCUAUUCAUCAAAUCAAAGCUCACGUGUUUUGAACCCGUUGAGGAGGGGGGGGGAGGGGUUCAUUUUGAAUGAUCCCUUUCGUUCACACCAAUUAGCUUUAGCAAAAAGGAUGGCAGGCGGCAUCUUUCUCUACAAUGCGUUCCUUUGGGGUAGCAGAUUUCUCUUUAGAUCACUAAUAAACUCUUUUACCAAGAAUUGAUCUUUCUUGUUACUAACUUUCGAAGAAUCUAACACUUCAAUUUUAUGUAAUUAAAUUAACCUCAUUAGUGCAUGUUUUAUUUCCCGCGUGAACUAAAUAAAAAUUCUAAAUUUAAGAAAGACAA